AUGUCUGCUCUCAGCGCCAACGCCGUCCUCGAGGCCGUCAAGAACCGCCGCACCUACUAUCCCUUGGCCAAGGAGACUCCCCUCUCCCGUGAGCGCAUCGACGAGAUCGUCAAGGAGGCCACCCGCCACGUCCCUUCCUCCUUCAACUCCCAGUCCAACCGAGUCGUCGUCCUGCACGGCGCCGAGCACGAGAAGUUCUGGGACAUCGCCGUCAACGUCCUCAAGGCCAUUGUCCCCGCCGAGUCUUGGGAAUCCACCGGCGCCAAGCUCGCCAUGUUCAAGGCCGCCGCCGGCUCCGUCCUCUUCUUCGAGGACCAGGACGUCGUCAACUCUUUCCAGGAGAAGUUCGCCAUCUACGCCGACCGCUUCCCCGGCUGGGCCACCCAGUCCGACGCCAUGCUGCAGUUCACCAUCUGGACCGCCCUCGAGGCCGAGGGCCUCGGCGCCAACCUCCAGCACUACAACCCCCUCGUCGACCAGCAGGUCGCUGCCGAGUGGAAGAUCCCCGCCAGCUGGAAACUCAACGCCCAGCUUGUCUUCGGCGGCAAGACCGGCGAGGCCGGCCCCAAGGAGUUCAAGCCCAUCGAGGAGAUCUUCAAGACCUUCAGCUCUUGA